UGCACCUAGCACGCGUGGUCUAGAUAGAGUUGCGAUCCGAACAGGAAGGCGUAUCUUGAGUUGUCAUGGCAAAAAGGGCAAUAAUUUCCUUGUUGAUGGAGCUUACGAAUAUCUGUCUAAUGCAUGCAGCCAACAUGAGAAUGUGUAGCAGCGGAAAAUUAAAUGUAAUAGAAAUGGCGCGCGGUGGUCGCAUUGCAACGUCAGCUAUAUUGUCCUGCAAACACGAUCUGAUAGCACAGAACAUCGAUUCAUCAUUUGUCAUGAAAACACAGGUGAUUUGCACUGGAGUCCGGAUAUGUUAUGCAGUUUCUGAACCUUUCGUACAGAACACCACAGCGUUCAAAGAGACACUGCUGACUUGCAUAGAACGAGGCCUGACAUUUCUGGAGAUGAUGUAUCCAGACGAGUUUGCUGCUUUCAACGUGAACGUCACCCGUGUAAUUCAGAGUUUCAGGGGGUGCGCCUACAAGCACAUCCCAAGAGAAGAAAAAUAUUUCUUGCACUCGUUGCAAUAUUUCCACAACUUUGUGUCGGGAUAA